AUGGCACGUGGCCCAGAAGUGAAGCGGAGACGAUUGAGUCCUCCAGCGGAUGUUGAAGACUCUUCUUCGCGCUCCAAGGGCGAAGAAUGGGACGUCGAGCAAGACUACGAGCGCCGCCCGCGCAAACACACCAAGAAAGCCAGCGAGAGCGCACGACUGCCAAUCAAGACCUCCGAAGGUUUUGUCCAGGCCCAAGAUCAGGCUGAGGACCAGGCUGAGGAUACCGACAGCUUCUUGGGCACCGAUGAUGACGAGGAGGAUGGUUCUGAAGGUGAGGGUAAGGAUGAGGACGGAGAAGAAUCCGAGGAAGAAGCACCCAAGAUCCCAGUGAAGGCACAAAUCAUACAGGCAAAGGAGGACUUGGCCAGGAUCGCAACCUUGAUCAACGAAGAUCCCGAGGAGCACAUCUCCUUGUUCAAGACAAUGGCCGAGAUGUCCUCGAAGAAAAACACACCCCUCACGGUCAAGAAAUUGGCUCUGGCUGCACAGGCUGCUGUCUACAAGGAUAUCAUCCCCGGAUACCGCAUUCGUCCAUUGAGCGAGGAAGAUCAGACCGCCAGAGUAUCAAAAGAAGUGCGCAAGCUCCGAGACUUCGAACAGUCCCUCGUGGCUGGAUAUCGAAACUACGUUCUGAAGCUGGGUGCGCUCUCAAAGCCAUCCAAAGCAGAUGGCCCCACUGAUCCCAGUCUGAAGAGUUUCGCAAUUCAGAUGGCUUGCACUAUGCUCUUGGCCGUACCACACUUCAACUUCCGCAGCGAGCUUCUCAAGAUCUUGGUCAACCGCCUAGCACGGAGACAGCUCGAUGCCGACUAUGUCAAGUGCCGUGAGACCUUGGAAGAGAUUUUCGCAAAAGAUAACGAUGGAACCGUAUCUCUCGAAGCUGUUCGUCUGCUUGCCAAGAUGCUGAAGGCCAGAGACUUCCACAUUCAUCCCACUGUCUUGGACACAUUCCUUCAUCUCCGCCUACUCGGCGAGUUCCACCUCAAGGCUUCUCAAAACCGAGUGGAUCGGGCAGAGGAAGAAGCACCCAAAGGCAAAAAGCCGAAGCAAAAGCGUGAAUUCCGCACGAAACGAGAGCGCAAGGUCCAAAAAGAGCGCAAGGAAGUCGAGAAGGACAUGAGUCAAGCCGAGGCAGUCGUCUCCCACGAACAAAGAGACAAGAACCAAGCCGAAACGCUAAAGCUCGUCUUCGGUCUCUAUUUCCGCAUCCUCAAGCUCCGCAUUCCGCCCCUGAUGGGUCCCGUGCUGGAAGGUCUAGCGAAAUACGCCCACCUCAUUAACCAAGACUUCUUCGGCGAUCUCCUCGAAGCCCUAAAAGACCUCAUCAACCACGCCGAGCGCGAAGAAAUGGGCGAAGAAGGCGACCAAGAAGUCGUCAACGACGACGAAGAUGACACCAACGUCACAACCGAAUCCGCAGCCCGCGACGCCCGCCGCAGAACCCUCCUUUGCACGGUGACCGCCUUCGCCCUCCUCGAAGGCCAAGAAGCAAGCAAAGCCGCAGCAGGCCUCCACCUCGACCUCAACUUCUUCAUCAAGCACCUCUACCGCUCCCUCUACUCCCUCUCCAUGAACCCAGAAGUAGAGUACAACCCCGACACCUCCCUCCGCCUCCCCGACCCCAAUGCCUCCACAGACGGAACCGAUCUCGCCUCCACCCGCUCAAAGAACAAGGUCAACUUCCAGACGCCUAUGGUUCUUCUGCUCCGCUGUCUGCAGCCAACUCUGCUAUCCCGUGCACACGGUAACCCGCCCCCGAGCAGACUGGCUAGUUUCUCCAAGCGCCUUAUGACGACUUCGCUUCAGUUGCCGGAGAAGUCGGCUCUUGCGACGCUGGCGCUUAUGAAUCAGGUUUCCAAACACCAUGGUCGUCGUAUCUCCUCACUUUGGCAUACCGAGGAGCGGAAGGGUGACGGCGUCUUCAAUGCUUUUGCCAACGAUGUCGAGUCUACCAAUGUCUUUGCUGGGUCGGUGUGGGAAGGUGAAUUGUUGCGUCUGCACUACUGUCCGCAGGUCCGGGAGGCGGCGGUGGAUAUUGAAAAGAUGAUGAUUGCGACUAAGUAA